UUGAUGUUGAAACAUCAGUGCAGAGGACAAACGCAAAAACGAAGCAAAUAUGUCUCCCGUAGACAUGAAUGGAUACUGGAAAAUGACAAGUAAUGAAAACAUUGAUGAAUACAUUGAUGAAUACAUGGAAGCACUAGGUGUGAAUGUUGUCAUCAGAAAAAUUGCCAGCUAUCUCAUCUUUGAUAAGGAGAUUGUUCAGAAUGGUGAUCAUUUUAAUAUCAAGACUCUCACCACCUUUAGGAACUACCAGAUGGAGUUUGAUGUUGGAAAGGAGUUUGAGGAGGAUUUGGUUGGUGUAGAUGAUAGGAAAUGUAUGACCACGGUAAACUGGGAGGGAGACAAACUGGUGUGUGUACAGAAAGGAGAAAAGGAGGGAAGGGGCUGGACUCAGUGGGUGAAAGGGGAUGAGUUACAUGUGUGCAAUAAUGUUGACAAUGAUGAAGCCUAA